AUGAUGCUAAUUAUUAAAACUGAAACCAUUACCUUCACUUUAGAGAAUCUCUUAACCACUGAUUCACUAAGUAGUCUCUAUGAUAAAGUUGCUCAAAGAACAGAAUAUAAAACAUAUCAAUUCGAAUUAACAUACUAUGGUGAACCUCUACCAAAAGGAUCCAACACAUUGGAGAAAAGCGGAUUGGAAGAAGAAUGCACAGUAGUAAUGAAUCUAUUGAAGGAACUUGAGUUUAUCGUUCUCUUUGGUGGCAAUGAAUGUAAACUAACGAUUCCAAACAAUGAUGGUUUAACAAUUCAACAUUUAAUUGUAUUAAUUAAAAAGAAUCUGUCAGAUUCAAUUUUGGAGAUAAAUGAAAGUGAUUUCUAUAUUAAAAAAGGUGGAGUUGCUCUUGCAAGAAAUGCAUUGCUUCAUGCUCAUCUUGGAAAUAUGGAUAUCAUUGAAAUAGUUUUGGGUAAUCUUCAAAGCCAGGAGCAGGUUAAUACUUUGGACGAUGAUCUAUUGAUUCAGAGUUUCCUUCAAACAUCGAUAUCAUCGGAUGUCGAAAUUGUAUUCUGUUUCGAUACCACCGGUUCGAUGUCUUCGAUCAUCGGAAAGGUUAGAGAACAAGUAGAGCAAACAGUCAGUCGUCUCAUGAAAGAUAUUCCAAAUAUCAGAAUCGGUAUUGUGGGACUUGGUGACUACUGUGACAAGGAAAAGGUUCUGACCACUCUUGACUUGACACGUGAUGUCGAUAAACUGGUGAAAUUCAUCAAGGAGGUUCCAUCGACAAGUGGUGGCGAUGCACCGGAAGCCUACGAGUGGGCACUCCGCAAAGCCAAGUCACUUUCGUGGUCGAAACACACCUCCAAGGCAUUCGUUAUGAUUGGAGACUGCGAGCCACACGAACCAUCGCAUACCGACUUGAAGAUCAACUGGUUCGAGGAAUGUGACGAUCUUUUCGAUCUUGGUGUCAAGAUCUAUGGUGUCAAAGCACUGGGAAAUUGUGUAUUCUACGAGGAGAUCGCAGAGAGAACCGGUGGAAUCUGUAUUAAUUUCAACAAAUUCUCUUUGAUCACCGAGAUGUUUUUGGCAAUCUGUUAUCGUGAGGCAUCCAAGGAGAAAUUCAACAAAUUUGAAAAGGAAAUCAAUAGCAACAACAAUGUAUCUGCUGAAAUGACAGAGAUUCUAUCGGAUUUGAAAAAAGAGAAUUUCAAAGUUGUUGAAUCGACUAACGCCAGCACAACAACAACAACCACUACCUCGACAAGCAACAGCAACAAUAUCACUAUCAAACAAAGAGGUUUACCAAUCAAAAUGAGAAGUUUAGAAAAAUGGUUUAAACAUUCAGAAGAUACUGCCACCAAACCAACUUUUACCUACAACAAAGAAAAAGAUUGUUUCUUUAAUUCAAUAAAAAAUUAA